AUGCUCAUUGCAUACGACAUACACACCGUACACCCCAUGCCAGACAGGAACCAGCUCGAGCCGCUCGUCUUCUUCUCGAGCCUGGUCGUCGGUGGCUACUACCUACUUCCCAGCCUUACGAAGCUCCUGGUCGAGCUGCUCUCGCACGUCCACACCAAUCCGAAGCGCACUGCUAUGGACGACUUCUGGGUGAACGUCUUCGGUCUUGGGUGCCUCGGCGUGGGGGCUGGUGGCAUGUGGCUAGCUACGGUGUUUGCGUUGUUUGAGGAUGAUGCCGACAUGGACUGA